UCUCUCGCGUUCAUAUUCCCGUUCUCUGAGCCUCCCUCUAAGAGGAGAAACAAGAACAAAUAAGACGAGCAAGAGCAAGAACAAGAAGAAAAAGUGUAAAGAAGAUGGCGACGAGACCAGUUAUUCCGCAACAAAUCAGGGGCGAUCCAGUUGUUGGUGGUGAGAAGAUACAGAAGAAAAACGUGGCUGCAGGAAGGAACCGUCGCGCUCUUGGCGAUAUCGGAAAUCUUGUUUCUGUUCCAGGAGUUGAAGGCAAACCCCAACAGCCUCAGAUCAAUCGCCCCCUCACUCGUAGCUUCCGAGCACAGCUACUAGCCAACGCACAAGCUGCAGGGAAAAAGCAAAUAAAUGCAGAAAAAGCUCCAGUUCUUGAUGGAGUUCAUGCUGUUAACAAGAAACCCGCAGCUCAAAGGGCGGAUCGGAAGAAAGCACCAGUUGCCAUUAAGCAGGUAAAGGCAACUGAAGUGAUUGAGAUCAGUCCUGAUACAGUUGAAAAGGUAGUAGAGGCUAAGGAUAAGAAGAAGCAAGAGAAGAAAAAUCAGGCAGCUGUGUCGGGCCAGAAGAAUGUAACAUACUCCUCUGUCCUAAGUGCUCGAAGCAAGGCUGCUAAUGAGAUAGGCAACAGACCCAAAGAGCAGAUUUCUGACAUCGAUGCUGCAGACAAGGACAACGAUCUUGCUGCUGUGGAGUAUGUCGAGGACAUGUACACAUUCUACAAGGAAGUAGAGAAUGAGAGUCGGCCUCAGAUGUACAUGCAAACACAGCCUGAGAUCAAUGAGAAGAUGAGAUCGAUUCUGAUAGACUGGAUAGUAGAAGUUCAUCUCAAGUUUGAACUGUCCUCUGAGACCCUCUACCUUACCAUCAAUUUAACCGAUCGUUUGUUGUCCACGAAAACUGUCCCAAGGAGAGAAUUGCAGCUCGUAGGCAUUGCCGCCUUGCUCAUAGCUUCAAAGUAUGAAGAAAUCUGGCCUCCUCAGGUUAAUGAUUUAGUAUACGUCACGGACAAUGCUUACACCAAUGAACACAUUCUAAUGAUGGAGAAAACCAUACUUGGAACCCUCGGAUGGUACGUGACUGUUCCAACACAGUACGUGUUCCUUGCCAGGUUCAUCAAAGCCGCCAUUUCUGAUCCUGAGAUGGAGCAUAUGGUUUACUUCCUUGCAGAGUUGGGUAUGAUGCAUUACGACACGUUAAUGUUCUGUCCUUCCAUGCUUGCUGCCUCAGCUGUCUAUGCAGCGAGAUGUUCAUUGAACCGGAGCCCUGCUUGGACCGAUACCCUGAAGUUCCACACCGGCUAUUCAGAAUCUCAACUAAUGGAUUGUGCAAAGCUUCUAACUUUCAUUCACUCGAAGUCCCGGGAGAGCAAGUUACAUGCCGUGUGCAAGAAGUAUUCGAGCUCCGAGAGAGGAGCUGUUGCUUCGGUUGGACCAGCCAAGUCUCUCUUGUCUGGUGGCUCUGAUUCUGCAACUUCAGCAGCUUAGAUAUAUGGACAGACAAUCUUGUCUCUUGAUAUAGUACCAAACUUAGCCAUCAUCUUGUUCUGGUUGAGAAACAAAAACAUGUUUUGUAUGAACGAAUUCAAAGUAUUAAUGAAUUCUGUCUCUCUUGCGUUUGGCAAUU